GGUCCGAAUAAUGGCUGCUUCUUCUUCUUCUUCUGGAAUUUCCCUUGAGGAGAAGUACGAUGUUUUCCUUAGUUUUAGAGGCGAGGAUACCCGCCUUGGUUUUACCAGUCAUCUCUACUCAGCUUUGACUAAGAGAAAUGUUAGAGCUUUUCUUGAUGACCAACUUAUCAGAGGAGAGCAUAUAAACCCGUCUCUUUUGAAUGCAAUUGAAAGAUCAAAGAUUGCAGUUAUCGUUUUUUCCCCAGGUUAUGCCUCUUCCACAUGGUGCCUUGAAGAACUUGUACAGAUUGUUAGAUGCAAGAAAGAACAAGGGCAGAUUGUAAUACCAGUGUUUUAUCAUGUCGAGCCUAGACAUGUAAGGAGGCAAUCGGGGUCUUUUGGGGAUGAAUUUGCCAAGCUUGAAGAGCGGUUUAUGGAACAGGCAGAUCAAUGGAGGACUGCUUUGACAGAAGUAGCCACCCUAUCGGGCUGGGAUUCAGACGUCGUCAGACAUGAAGCUGUACUUGUACAACAGAUUGCGAGUGACGUUUAUGAUAAGCUUAAUUAUCUAUCGCCAGUGAAAGAUAAGGAACUGGUUGGUGUGAAAAAACACAUUGACAAAAUCGAAUCUCUCUUAUGCAUUGGAUCGAAAGACGUUUUCACGGUGGGAAUUUGGGGCACUGUUGGAGUAGGGAAGUCUACCGUUGCUAGUGUUAUUUACCGCAGAGUCUAUGGGCAGUUUGACAGGUAUUGCUUCAUUGAUAAUGUUCGGCAACGGGCACAGAGAAGUGGACUAAUUUCACUACGCGAAGAAAUUCUGUCAUCAAUCACAUUCGUAGACAAAAAUUCUCCAGUUUCGACGAAGGAAAAGUCUGGCAGCAAGAAGGUUUUCAUGGUUUUUGAUGAUGUGAAACAAUCUGGUCAAAUAGAAUUUUUAAUCGGGGGUCUUGAUUUGUUUGGUCCAGGAAGUCGAAUUGUCAUAAUAACUAGACAAGAAAAAGUGCUGACAGAUUGUAGAGUGGACAAAAUUUACAAGGUUGAGGGAUUAUUGCAUGCUGAAGCUCUUAUGCUUUUCAAUUCGUAUGCCUUUGGAGAUCACAAUCCCGGGGAACGUUAUUCGGAGCUGUCAACAAGGGUAAUAGUUCAUGCUAAGGGUGUUCCAUUUAUUCUUAAAAUUUUGGGUUGCUUUCUCUCUGGAAAGAGGCCACAAGAUUGGGAAAGUACACUCAAUAUAAUUGAGGGAAUUCCUAAUGUAACUUUCCCGAAAAUAUUAAAAAUUUGUUAUGAUGGAUUAGAAGGUCGAGAGAAAAAGAUAUUUUUAGAUAUUGCGUCCUUAUUGAAUGGUGUGGACAAAGAUCUCGUCGAAAGAACUCUGCAGGCUAGGAAUAAUUUCCCACCAGAGAAGGGGAUCAAUGCCCUUGCAAAUAAACAUUUAAUAACCAUUACCAACAAUAAAGUGGUAAUGCAUGAUUUGUUACAAAAGACUGGUCGAGAAAUUGUCUGGCAUAAAUGCUCUAAAAUUACACCCAGCCAUUUGUGA